AGCACUUGCUUUACGGCGUCACGUCCUCCCGGCGUCCCGGGCUCGUCUCGGUCUCUCCAAGCGCACGAGCGGUGGAGGUGCGGGGGGAGUGUCCCAGAAGUGCCGAGGUCGCGGGGCCGAGGGCGGGAUUGAGAGGGGUCCUCCGGUCCCUGGGUCAGGUCUUCAGGUCCAGCUCUGCCACGCGCGUGCUGUGGGGAGAGGUGAAGACCGCGCGCUCUCGGACGUGGCCCCCACGUGUGGGGCUGUCAGCCGGGCUGUGCGGAGAGCGGGACCGCGCCGUGUGGCCUGGCUACAGCACGCCGCCGAUCCCAUGAGGAAACUGAGGCACAGAGCGAUUAAGUAACCUACCUGACAUUACAGUUUACGGCAAAACUGGAAUUAAAACCCAGAACCAAAAAAGGACAACUCCAAAGACCAAUCCUUAAACACAAUUGUGAAGAGAACACUUGACUGGACCUCAGCACCAGCUCAGACCAUGUGGACGGCAGAUGAGAUUGCUCAGCUGUGUUACCAACACUAUGAGAUCAAGUUGCCCAAGCAAGGAAAGCCUGAGCUGAAUCGUGAGUGGACGUUGUUGGCAGCUGUGGUGAAGAUACAGCGUCCAGCUGACCAGGCCUGUGACAACCCUGCAACAAAGGAAGUUGUCUCAAUGGGAACAGGCACAAAAUGCAUAGGCCAGUCCAAAAUGAGGAAGAGUGGAGACAUCCUCAAUGAUAGCCAUGCUGAGGUCAUAGCCAGAAGAAGUUUCCAAAGGUACCUUCUCCAUCAGCUCCAGCUGGCAGCCAUCUUGAAAGAAGAUAGUAUCUUUAUCCAAGGAACUCAGAGAGGGCUGUGGAAACUCAGACCAGAUCUCUUUUUUGUGUUUUUUUCUAGUCACACACCCUGUGGGGAUGCCUCUAUCAUUCCAAUGCUUGCAUUUGAAGAACAGCCUUGCUGUCCUGUCAGCAGAGAUUGGGCCAAGAACCCAUCCGUAGAAGGCAGUGAUAACCUGGAAGCUCCUGAAAAUAAAAGGCAACUUGAAGACCCUGAGAGUCCUAUAACCAAAAGGAUGAGACUUGAGCUUCAAACUCCUACAAGGGAGGUUGCCAAUGGUACAACUCACCAUCAGAGUUUUGGCAAUCACGAAACUGGCCCGGCCUCAGCAAGUAUCAGCAACUCUGAUCUCACGUUAGUGGGAAUGGCCGCUGUCACCGGAGUAGCCCUCAGUGGUGCCAACGUGGUAGAUGUUUAUAGAACUGGAGCCAAGUGUGUGCCUGGAGGAGCUGCAGACUCAGGGUUGCCUGGUGCUGCAUAUCACCAGGUGGGGUUGCUCCGGGUGAAGCCAGGCCGGGGAGACAGGACUUGUUCCAUGUCCUGCAGUGACAAGAUGGCCCGAUGGAACGUCCUUGGAUGCCAAGGGGCACUGUUGAUGCACUUCCUAGAAGAACCCAUUUACCUGUCAGCUGUGAUCAUUGGGAAGUGCCCAUACAGCCAGGAGGCCAUGCAGAGAGCACUGGUUGGGAGGUGUCAGAAUGUCUUGUCUUUACCCAGAGGCUUCGGAGUUCAAAAGCUGAAAAUUCAGCAGUCAAACUUACAGUUUGAACAGAGCCGCAGUGCAGUGCAAGCAAAAAGAGCUGACAGCCGAGGCCGGCUGGUUCCUUGUGGGGCAGCAAUCAGCUGGAGUGCAGUUCCCGAGCAGCCGCUGGAUGUCACUGCCAAUGGCUUUCCACAGGGAACAACAAAGAAAGGAAUCGGGAGCCUUCAGGCCAGAUCUCGAAUCAGUAAAGUCGAACUCUUUAGAUCAUUCCAGAAGCUGCUAAGCAGUAUAGCAGAGGACAAGUGGCCAGACUCCCUCAGAUCGUCAUCUCAGCCUCGAAGCACGGGGUUAAGUGCCUUACUUUAUGGAGUGCAUCAGCGCCAAGCAUGAGCUCACUGUCUGGGGAAGUGAGCUGUGGAGAAAAUGACCAGCCCUGGCUGCCAGCGCCUUUGGUCGGAAGAAAGCAGGCCUGUCUGAUUUGGUAGUGUCUGUGGCUGGUGGAAAGCUGCCUACCUGGACCUUGGCUCUCUGUUUUUGGCUGUAAGACAAUGCUCUAAGCAACCCUUAACCAAAGUUUUCCAGUUGCUAAAACCCAGUUCCCUUCCUGGCUAAAUGGCUUAGGACAAGUUAUCUCAUCAGCUGCUGCUGCCCAUCACCCUGCCCUCCUGCGAUGGCAUCUGGACCAGCCAGGGGAGCUGUGAAAAUGAGUCCCGCUGAGCAGAGUGAUUCCUGGAACUAGGAGGCGGCUUCCAGGAGAAAGAUAAUGUAUGUGGGCUCACGUUCAAGGGUUCAAGCAGCUCUUUCCAUAGACACAGAGGCAGCUGUUGGAUACAGAAAGCCACAGAGGCAGAUAGUCGGGAGAAAGCAUCGUUAUUUUCCAGAAAGAAAAAUUCUUUUUAUUCUUUAUUUUGAAGAAUCAUAGUUGGCCUUCAAUCCCAUAAAUGUGAAUUCCUGUAAGCUUAAAUGUGUCUAUACUGGGGCUAGACUUACUUCCUGCAAGGCCAACCAGAUGGAUCUAAAACAAAUCUUAAGUAUUGUCCGUGGCCCAAUGGAGGAGGAAGAUGGGACAUAGCAGAGGGUGGGGGAUGGGGAAUCAGGGAUGGCAAGACA